CGUGGCUCCGUGUCAGGCGCGGUGUGCAGCCUGCGGAGGAAACGCAGGGAAAGCACUAGAGGAAUUUACCAUGAGGGAAAAGAGACGCUGCUCCGGGAGAAAUUAGCGUCGGCAUUCGGGGAGCCAAGCUGAUCCCAGCCAGCGGAGUGGGGGCCGGGGGCCAGGCCAGAGGCUGACCAUGUUCAACGGGGAUGGGAGCUCCUCGGCGGCGCGGAGCGUGGUGCGCAGCUCCAGCAUCAGCGGGGAGAUGUACAGCCUGGAGAGGAGCGCGCGGGGCAGCGCCGACUCCGUCACCGUCACCGCCAGCAAGAAGCGCCGCUCCAGCCUGGGGGCGAAGAUGGUGGCCAUCGUGGGGCUGUCCCAGUGGAGCAAGAGCACCCUGCAGCUCAACCAGACCGAGGGUGGCCCCAAAAAGCUGCGCAGCAACAUCCGGAGGAGCACGGAGACGGGCAUCGCGGUGGAGAUGAGGACCAGGGUCACCCGACAAGGCAGCCGGGAGUCCACCGACGGCAGCACCAACAGCAACAGCUCCGACGGCACGUUCAUCUUCCCCACGACCCGGCUGGGCGCCGAGAGCCAGUUCAGCGAUUUCCUGGACGGGCUGGGGCCAGGGCAGCUGGUGGGACGGCAAACACUGGCCACCCCCCCCAUGGGCGAUGUCCACGUGGGCAUGGCUGACCGGAACGGGCAGCUGGAGGUGGAGGUGAUCCAGGCGAGGGGACUCAUCCCGAAGAUGGGCUCCAAGUGCAUCCCUGCCACCUACGUGAAGGUUUACCUGUUGGAGAACGGCGUCUGCCUGGCCAAGAAGAAGACCAAAGUGGUGAAGAAAACCUGUGACCCCUCGUACCAGCAGCCUCUGCUCUUCGAGGAGAGUCCCCAGGGCAAAGUCCUGCAGGUGAUCGUCUGGGGGGAUUACGGGCGCAUGGACCACAAGUGCUUCAUGGGGAUGGCCCAGAUUGUCUUGGAGGAGCUGGAUCUCUCCAGCGUGGUCGCCGGCUGGUACAAACUCUUCCCCACCUCCUCCCUGGCCGACUCCAGCAUCGGCCCUCUCACCCGCCGCCUCUCCCAGUCCUCCCUGGAGAGCUCCACCAGCCCCUCCUGCCCGUAGGGAUGGGAGAGGCCAGGAGGGGAAAGGAGACAUCCUGACCUACCAGAACUGUCAGUGGAUAGCUGUAAAUAUCCCGUCAUUUUUUUUAUUAUUAUUAUUUUUCCUAUUUUUUUUCUUUCCUUUUUUUUUUUUCUUCUUUUUUUAAGUCUCCUUCCCCAGACAAACCCUCUCUCAAUGCUCCUCCCCGCGCAGCGUCCCGGGGCGCAGAGGGAGCGAGGGCUGUGUCUUUUGAGGCAGGGGGAAGGAGAAACAAAAAAACAACCACCACCAACCCCACGAGGCAGAGGGGGGGGUGUGAGUGCCCCCCCGGACUGUUCCCCCCCCUCCUCCCCUCGGAAAGGAACCGACCCACCACCCGGCGAGUUCAGCACCUUCACCAGGUGGCUUUUCCUUGGGUUCCCUUUCCUUGCCUCUGAGGAAAAGGUAGCUUUUCAAAGAAAAAAAAAA